AUGGCGGGAAAGCACGUGACCGAGGGCGAUGAAUCAGCAACCGGCAAUGACCCCGUCGCAGGAAUUAUCCCGUCAGCCGAAUUCGACGAGUCCGACGUUGAUCCGUCCAAGGACGCCCCGUUCGAACUCAGCAGUGACGAAGACGCGGCAACUCUCUACUCCCCCUUGGGUUUUGAAUCCCGAUCUCCCUCUUACUGCCCCUCGCCCCCCCAUCGCACCCGCAAGCGAGCUCCCGCGGGUCGCGACUCAAAGCCCCGGGCUGCGAAGCAACAGCCCAAGGCCCAGCCCAAGGCUGAGAAGAAAUCUGCCCCGAAGAAGACUAAGAGUCGGAAGCAGAAAAGGCAGAAUAAACAGCCCAAGGCCCAGGAGCCACCCCAGCAAAAGCCCCAGCAACAGCCGAAGGCGCGUCCUCCCAAGCGCGCCACUAUGGCUCACGGCGCUGAGGACUGCGCGACAGUCCUGGAGCAGUUCGUGCAUGACUCGGCGAACUUGCCUUUGGAGAUCAACCACUUGAUGGAAGAGAUUCAAGCGAAGGACAAGAUCAUGCAGGAGGCUCGGGCUAUUAUCAACUCGCGCGAUGCCAGCAUCCAGAGAUUCAUCAAGCUGAACGGCAGCCUGGUCGUGAACCCAAAGGAGAAGCAAUACGAGAAGGAAGUCAAUGAGAAUUUCGAGAAGUGCAAGCAACUGCAGGAGGAGAAGGUCGCUCUCAGCGACAAGGCCUGUGUCCUACUCGAUCGCCACAUCAAGCGGUUCGAUCUGCGCAUUCGCGACCUGGUGAACGACGGCCUUCUGCCCAACGAUCCUCCUCUGCCUUCCUUACUCGACAACCCGGUUUCCUAUCGCGAUCCGCCCAAGGUGUUCUUCCCCGACUCCGCGCCGACCGACUCUCCUUCCUACUCUACACCUCUUAAUACGAACACGGCGACCACGAACCCGAUUCUCGCUGCCGCGCAGCAACUCCGACAGGCGACGGCCCCUCCUAUGACUACCGCAACUGCACUGGCACAGGCUGCCGCCCGCAGCUCAGCUCCAGCUACUCCCGUCGGAACAACCGCCGCGCAUCUUCAGCAACGUCAGCGCGAGUCUUCUGCCGGCGCCGUGGACAACAAGCGACGACGCAUGAAUCCCUCCCUGGGUACACUCCCAUCUGCUCCAUCGAAUCUGCGACAGGGAUCUCUUGGCCCCGGCACUCCCAAGGCGGGUACCCCGGCCUCCAGCCGCGCAGGCAGCGCUGGACCGCGCGCAAUUGGCGGUAACAAGAAGGCCCUCACCAAGAAGGUUGCUCCUCAUCAGCAAGUGAAGAAGGUCAAAUCGUCUUCCGGCUUGAAGUCUUCUAAGCGUUCGUCCAGCGCUAGUGGUCGCGUCAAGGUUUCGAAGAAGUCGCCCGGAGACGGAGGAGAAGACGACGAUGACUCCCUGCUUAGUAGUGCUGACAUGUCUGAUUCGGACAAGAACGACGAUAGUGUUGACGAUGAUGAUGACGGUGAGGAAGAGGAGGAGGGCGCUGAGGAUACGGAAGUUUAUUGCACUUGCCGAACUGUUAGUCAUGGCGAUAUGGUGGCGUGUGACAACAUCAAGUGCCCUUACGAAUGGUUUCACUGGAAGUGUGUCGGUUUGACGACCGAGCCACAGGGGAAAUGGUAUUGCGAUGAGUGCCGGAAAACCAUGGGUGAGGACGACGAGUGA